AUGACAAUGAGAGCACAUGAUAAAGUAGAGGUUUUUGAUAUAUACAAGGCGCUAAAAUUGCCUGUCAUAUAUGAGGAGUUGUCUGCUAUAUCCAUUAUAGACGUUGAGUCUGAUUGUUUAUCUGAUAUACAGGUAAGAGAAGCAAUGACAGUCUUAAAAAGAAGGAAGAAGGCGAUUGGGUGGCAGAUAUUUAACAUUACAGGGAUAAAUCUAGCUUUUUGCAUGCAUAAGAUAUACAUGGAAGAAAUUUUGAAAACAAGGGUGCAGCAACAACGUAGAUUGAAUUUGGUGAUGAAGGACGUGGUGCGGAAAGAGAUUACCAUUGCACCUGAGGACCAAGAGAAGACAACUUUUACUUGUCCAUAUAGCACAUAUGCAUUUAUACGCAUGGCUUUUGGCCUCUGUAAUGCACCUGCAACAUUUCAGAGAUGCAUGAUGGAAAUUUUAUAUGACAUGGUUGAAGAAUUUGUCGAGGUAUUCAUGGAUGACUUAUUUGCUUAUGAUAAUUCUUUUGAGGUCGCGAGAGAAAAGAGAUUGUUAAAGCUUACUGAACUUGAUGAAUUUCAUCUCCACGCUUAUGAGAAUGACAAACUGUACAAAGAGAAGACCAAAAAGUGGCUUGACAAGCAAAUUCAGGAUAGAGUGUUUGAAUCCAGAUAA